AUGACACAUUUAGUUUCAAAUAUUCAAGGAAAAACUGCUAAAGAAAUAUAUAAUACUCUUAGUUCUAAACAGUAUGAAGGAAAUACAGAUUUAUUAAUUCAAAAAAAGAUUGAUUUGAUAUUACCAAUAGCGGAAAAUAUAUGUGGAACAAUUGAUCUGGAUCCUUUAUUAAUUCAACUACCUACAGAUUUACAAGAACUGUUAGAUUCAAUUGCAACUAAAAUUUGGAAUAUUAGUGGCUCAAUUACUUUGGAUAUAGAAACUAGUCAAGAAAUUCAACUAUUCGCAAUUACAAUAUUGAUAGUAUAUGAAAAAUUAAAUCCAAAUAUAACCAGAUGUUUCACAAUAAUUAAUUGUCUUAUAAAAUUGUUUGCAACUUCAGUCCAAAACACUAAUAAUUCAAUCAAUAUUGUUGCAAAAAAGAGUCAAAAUCAUUUAGAAAAUAUUUUAAAUAAAUUAUUAGUAGAAAAUGGUUUCAAUGAUAGUCAAAAAUUAUUACUUGAUGAAUAUUAUAACAAAUUUUUACUUUUAAGUUUAAAUUAUACAGUAUUGUUAAAAGAUUUUAAUCUAUCAAAAAUUUAUGAAUCAAAAAUUAAUAAAAAUUUAAAUGUUUCAAAUUUACCAUUAGAUUUUGUGUUAGAUUCUACACGAAUUCUAUAUAACUGUGGUCUAGAUCAAUUUAAUGAAAGAAAAUAUGAUAUUACAAAAUUUUUAGUAACAACUGCAAUUAAAUUAAUUGAAUUACAUUUAAAUGACGAUAGUUCAGAAUUAAUCAAGAGAAGAUAUCUCAAUUUAUAUAUCCUAUUGAUAAAAUGUUAUAAAUGUAUUGGAAAUAAAGAUUCUACAUCAAAAGCUAUAACUGCAUUGGAACAAAUUCAAAAUCAAUUUUCAGAAGUAUUUGAAGUUUAUUCUUUAUAUUUUGAAAUUUUAGAUGAACCACAAGAUUUAGCCAAAUUUGAUGAUAUGUUGAUGCGUAUGGUGAUGUCAGUUGAUAUCGCAGAUAAAGUACAUGAAACUAUUAGUUUAUUAGAACAAAUUACUUUAAAAAGUUACAAAGGUGUAAAUAAUUGUUUGGACUAUUUGAUAACUAAUGUUAGUAUUGAACAUGCACAACUUGAAUCAUUAAUUAUUGCGAAAUUUAUGGUAAAUAUAGAACUAGCUGAAAACAAAGAACCAUUUUUCCGUAUUAAAGAACUAGUCCUGUUUGUUCAACUUAUUGAAAGAACUAUACAACAACCUUUAAGUGUUACGACCAAAACAAGUAUAAUGGCAUUAGUUUGGAAAAAGGGAAUUCUGAUGUAUAACAGUAAAGAUUAUGAACAAAGUUCAGGUUGGUUACAAUUAUCACUUUCAAGAAUAUUUCAUAUGGAUUAUAUGGAUAAUCAAGAUAGAGGUAAAAUAGUUCGUGCAAUUCAAAACAAUCAAUUAUCAAUUGGAGAUGCUAAGGCAGUGAUAAAGUCAAAUAAUUUGAUGGAUGAAGAAGAUCAAUUUAAUAUUUUGUCACAAUAUAAUUUAUUUAGAGCUUACUUGAAGUUAAAUGAUGAAAAAAAAGCAAUAGUCUGUUUUUCCAAUAUCACUAAACAUCCGAUAAAUUCAACUACUAUAUUAACAAUAGCUGCAUGUAUUAUUGAAAGUACUGAAAUUUUAUCAAAUGAAUUUAUGAAAAAUUCAUUAUUACAAUUAUUAAAUUUAUUAAUGUCCAGAGAAUUGUCAACUGAAUUUAUCGAUAAAUUAGGAUCUUUCGGCAUUGUUUUACCAAUUUGUUUUAGAUGUGCUAUAUUAUUAUAUUCAACAUCUAUUGAAAAAGAUUUUGAAAUUAACGCAAAUGAUUUAAUAGAUGUUUGUGAAAUGUUAGAAAGUUGUUGUAAAUUUGCACUUACAAUGGAUAAAAUAAAUAAUCAUUUAUUUUCAACAAAUGAUUUAGAAUGGUUUGCAAGUAAAGCUUAUAAUUUAUCUUUGGUAUGUCAAGAAAAUAAUAAUCAUGAUAGAGUUAUACAAUUAUGUCACACUUGUAUUGGUUUUACAAAUUUAAUUUCUCCCAAGAUUGAUAAAUUAAGGUAUGAAAGUAUAUUUAUAUGGAAAGUUAGAGCAAACUUGAUAAUAUUUUCAAUGAUUGUAAAUCAAACCAGAACUGUUGAAAAUCAAUUAAAUUGGAGUUAUGUAAAAGAGCAAGGGGAUAAAAUCAUUGAUGAAGUUACGACUAACAAAAUCGACAAUGAAGAUUGGGUUGAAUGUAAGCAAUUAUUAUAUGCUUAUGCUUUUGAAGCUGAGUUAAUGAUCGGUUCAAUUGAUCAAAUUCUACAGCUAAUUCGAAAAACAUCAUUAUUAAAUUCCAAAAUGAAAUUGAAAUUAUUUGAUGUAUAUGUCAAUCUAAUCAAUUAUUCAAAGAAAGUUGUGAAUAAACAUGUAAAACAACAGAUUUUAAGGUCAAUGAUUAAUUUUACAUUUGAAACAAGUGAAUCUUCUAAUUUAUCUACAUUAAUAACAUGGAUAAGAAUUUAUUUGGAACUUUCGAAUUCAAAUGACAAUUAUGAUGAUAAUAGUAAAUCAACUUCAAUAAAUAUUGUUGGUCAAUUUUAUAAAUUAUACAAAGCUAAUAUUACUGAAACAAAUAUUCCAACAUUUGAAAUUGAAUGGCUUGCAAGCAUGUCAUGGAAUUUUGGAGUAAAAUAUAUAAUAGAUUUUAAUGAUUUGAAGAUUGGUUUGAAAUGGUGUGCUUAUGGAAUAGUAUUCUCCAAGUUUAUUCAUGAAAAAAUUUAUAAACAAUUUGAUGAAAUAACAAUGUCACCAACAACAACAACAACAAAUUUAACAACAGCGUCAAAAGACUCAUACGUAUUCACAAAAGAUCAACUUAAAGAUAAAAAUACAAGUACAAUAUCAAAUUAUCAUCCAUCAUUAAUUUUACAAGAUAAACAAACUGAUUUAGUAGAGUAUCAAAAAUGUGGAUGUUGUGGUAAAUAUUGUGUUAAAAAUAUUCCUAAUUGGAUUCCAAGAGCUAAAAGGUAA